AUGCGAUUACUGGUCGGCUUGCUGGUAAUGAUAACGAUGGGCGCGAUGUGUGAGCUAAGCCAGAUGAUGUGCCUAGCCGGCGGGGGUAUGUCAAUGGUUGCUGGAGCCAUCACUGUAUUUAUUGCAUUUUUCGGCUACGUCUGGAUGGGCAUACAUUCCAAUGCUUUGACCAGGUAA